GGCUCCAGACCCCCGCACGCUCCGGCUCCGGCUCCGGCGAGCGCCGCUCCGAGCUGCCCGGGCUCCGGCAAGCGGCGGCUGCUGCUGCUCCUGCUCCGAGCCCUCUGCAGCCGGAGGGACAGGGACACCGGCCAGACCCCCCACAAGCGGUGUCCCCUCCUUGCCGUGCAGACUCAGCCCGUUUGAUUGCCUCGGAUUUGCUUUCCUGCUGGACCCGGGGUGGGGAGAUUACGCCACUCGCUUCCACCUGGACAAUCCCCCCAUCGCUCGCCCCCUUAGCUGGACCCUUUGGUUAGCAUGUCACACCCUCCCCCGCCUGCCCUCUCCGCACAGGUAAGAUGAACUUUAUUUCGGAGCCUUGAACAGUACCUCAGACCUCCUCCCAGCCGUGCAGAACCUGCUCUGGGCGUGGAGCGUGGGGGGAAAUCCUCUGUCCCCCCCGCCAGCCGGUUGGAAAUGAAGUAGACUUCGACACGGGGAGGGAGGAUCAGCUGCUUAUAAAAGACCCAAACAAAACAAAGGACAGAGACGCUGCCCUCCCCCCCCCCGCUCCCCGCGCUGCUUCUGUCGCUCUAGUAAACAGAAGUCAUGGGAGAGAGAGGCGGCUGCUGGUGCUGAUUGAAUUAAGGUUUGCCACUAGCUCCGCUGGCAGGAGGCUACAGACCUGCCAGGUCCAGCAGACGGCCCUUGGGUUUCUGGGUGACUCCUAGCAGGGAGCAGGGCAGCUGGGGUUGAUGUUUAACCUGGAGAACCCGUUCACGGAGAGGGGGCGCUUCUUCUCUUCCAUGGAGUACCAGCACCAGCUGGAAGAGGAGGGUUACCCGCCUCCUGGCAGCAACGGGAGCCUCAAUGAGAGCGAGGCCGGGUCUAGAGGAGGUACACCUUACCCUCUCCACACCACUGUCACCCUCAUCAGCCUGGCGGGGCUGCUCAUGCUCGUCACCAUCUUCGGCAACGUGCUGGUCAUCAUCGCCGUCUUCACCAGCCGUGGGCUCAAGGCUCCCCAGAACCUCUUCCUGGUCUCCCUGGCCUCCGCUGACAUCCUGGUGGCCACGCUGGUCAUCCCUUUCUCACUGGCCAAUGAGGUGAUGGACUACUGGUACUUUGGCAAGGUCUGGUGCGAGAUCUACCUGGCCUUGGACGUGCUGUUCUGCACCUCCUCCAUCGUGCAUCUGUGCGCCAUCAGCCUGGACCGCUACUGGUCCAUCACCCAGGCCAUCGAGUAUAACCUCAAGCGCACGCCGCGCCGCAUCAAGUGCAUCAUCUUCAUCGUCUGGGUCAUCUCGGCCGUCAUCUCAUUCCCGCCCCUCAUCUCCAUUGAGAAGAAGAACGGGCAGCAGGCUGACAAGCGGGCAGGUGGGUGCAAGAUCAACGAUGAGAAGUGGUACAUCAUCUCCUCCUGCAUUGGCUCCUUCUUCGCCCCCUGUCUCAUCAUGAUCCUGGUCUAUAUACGUAUCUAUCAGAUUGCCAAGAGGCGAACCCGGGUGCCCCCCAGCAAGAGAGGAGAACACCCCAAUAAGAGGCAAAAUGGCUUGGCAGACAAGGAGGAGCUGCCAGCAGCAGCCAAGCUCAAUGGGGAGAAGGUGACGGAGGGAGGAGGGGAAGGAGGGCAGGAGAGGGAGCUAAAUGGCAUAGACAUGGAGGAGACUUCCUCCUCAGAGCACAAUGAGACCCACCAGUGCAGGAAGCAGGGGAGGCCCCAGAGAUGCAAGGGCAAGACCAAAUUGAGCCAGAUCAAGCCUGGAGACAGCUUGCCCAGGAGGAUGGAGGAGGAGGAGAGGAAUGCCAAAGCGUCCCGCUGGAGGGGCAGGCAGAACCGGGAGAAGCGCUUUACCUUUGUGCUGGCAGUGGUGAUCGGGGUCUUCGUCGUAUGCUGGUUUCCCUUUUUCUUCACCUACACACUCACCGCUGUCUGCAAGAGCUGCUCCGUGCCUCUCCCCCUCUUCAAGUUCUUCUUCUGGUUUGGUUACUGCAACAGCUCUCUGAACCCUGUUAUCUACACCAUCUUCAACCAGGACUUCAGGAGGGCCUUCAAAAAGAUCCUCUGCAGGAUAGACAGGAAAAGGAUUGUUUGAUGAACAGACCCUUCUCUGUCAGCAUGACUGGUGACUAAAGGCUCUAUCAUGUGAGGGUGAUGCACAGCUGCCUUGGGCUGGAUUUGCAAGUGAAUAGUUUCCUCUGACGUGCAGGUGGGACCCCUUUAAAAACUGAGAUGAAACUAUUAAGACACCAAGCAACCACAAAGCAAGCAAAGGAAACACACAGCCUCAGCAUUUGGGUUUGCACGUGGAGCAUUUCUGGCUUUGGAUGGGUUCAUGACUUAUAAGCUUGACUCUUUAAAAACUUAAAUGAAAUUCAGAAAUCAACAACAAAGAGAAAAUAUACAGGCCCACAUGAGCUAUUUUUUGGAUGUGUAAUGAACUUUAAACUCCUUGUAAAAAUAGUGUUCCAUCCCUGAGAUCUGUCUUAAUUUUUGUAAGGCAGUCAGCUUUGAAACUAAGAAUGCUUUAAAUAGUCUUGACAGCUUGAAGAAUAAAAACAAUUGGAGCCAUCUCAUCAACCUUGUGGUUUGAUAGUAUUACCAAGAUUUCCAAUGUGCUAUUGGAUUUUUUGGCCGUAAAGCUUGUAAGUGCAGACCUGACCAUAUUGGAGGAUUUUUUUUUUUAUGUACCUGAUUCUGUUUCCUUUUUUGCUCUCUAUUAUUUAGUAUUGCUGAAAAGGUAACAUUCCUCUUUCUGCUAACUUGAAGGGGG